AUGCGGAUUUGUACCAAAAUCUCAGUUUGGAUAAUUUUUGCAUUUUUAGCUGUUUAUGGCGUCGAUGGCCUGCGAUCGAUUUUAAAUCCAAACACAAUAUGUCAACAUGCGAAACGGAAUAUCAAAGGAAAACUGGGAGCUAUUUGUAAUAAUCAACAGUUGUACAAUGAGAUAAAGCGUGGAAUUGAAUUAGGGCUGAAUGAAUGCGAAACACUUUUCAAAUAUAGACGCUGGAAUUGUACGAAUUUACGAAAAAGCAUGAAAAAAAUUUUGAUGAAAGAUACAAAGGAAACCGGAUUUUUGUAUGCGAUAACAUCGGCUGGGGUAACAUAUUCUGUGACAAAAUCAUGUUCAAUGGGCACCUUAAUUGAUUGUUCAUGUGAUAAGAGCCAUAGUAAUAAAAAGCAUUAUGCAAUUCAAUCAAAAUCUAAGGCAAACAAUAAUAAACUACUUAUUUGGCACAACAAUGACAGUAAUCCCAAUAAAAGCAAUAUAAAUUACCUAAAAACUUAUCAGGCUGUCGAUCAGGAGCAGAUUUUUAACAACAACAACAACAACGACGAGAGCGAACAACAAACAACUCAAAAGAAUCAAAAAGCAGGCAACAAAAACUCGGAAUGGGAAUGGAGUGGUUGUGAUGACAAUGUGAACUACGGCUACAUCAAGUCUCGAGAUUUCUUCGAUACGCGCAUGAAGAAACGGAGUGAUCUGAAAUCUCUGAUACGACUUCAUAACAGCGAAGUAGGGCGAUUGACAGUGAAGGCGCAUAUGAGACCCGAAUGUAAAUGUCAUGGUUUGAGUGGUUCAUGUAUCACAAAGACAUGCUGGAUGAAAUUAGUUCCUUUUUAUGAAGUUGGAAAUACUCUUUUGGCAAAUUUUGAUCGAGCUUUCAAGGUUAUUGCUUCUAAUGAUGGUAUUGGAUUAAAACUUGUAGAUCAACGAAAACAACCUCAUUCGAUCAAAAAGCGUCUCAUUUACUCAGAACCUUCGCCAGACUUUUGCAAAUCCGACAAUUCCAUCGGAUCUUUGGGCACAAAAGGUCGAGAAUGCGAUCAUCAAUGGGACCAUGAAAAAUGUAAUGCGCUAUGCUGUGACAGAGGAUUUAUCCGAGAACGAGUUCGCGUCGAGACAUCAUGCAAUUGCGUCUUCAAAUGGUGUUGUGAAGUAAAAUGUGAUAAAUGUACCGAAGAAAAGGAGAUUCGGAAAUGUAAUUGAAGCGGAAUACUAAUUGGCAGUAGUGAGUCAUGCAAAAUGCGUGUCAACUCGCAAUCUCAACCACACACAAUAUUUGUGCUCGACAAAUAUUUGUACAAAACAAACAUUAAAGCCCACUAA